GUGAUCACGUUUAUGGGAAGGGAUAUAUAAGCAGGAAGGGAGCGGUAGUGUCGGUGCUGGGAUAUGAUAAAAAUCUCCUGAAUCUCUCUGCAAAUCACUCAUAUCGGGGCAAGCUCAGCUUCAGUCACUAAAGUACCAUCAGCGCUGCCGGGUACGGAUGGUACAGCUCCUAGUAGCCUUUGGAAACGUGUGAGUGCGUCCCUUUUCUCUGUGUUGGUGUAUGUAUUUGUGUGUGUUUAUCCAUUACAAAUAGACAAAAAGAAAAGGGAUUUUAUUGUGUGUAAAAGAUUGCUUCAUCUAUUCAAUGUGCGUUUUGUGUAAAGUCCUUGCGCGUGGACCAACACCCGCCCCGCGGGGUGCCGAAGGGACGUCAUGGCGUGGCCGUACAAUGUGCAGAAGGCGCUAAUGAAGCGUAUCCAUUCCUGCUUCAUUGCACUGGCCACUGGGACACACUCUCACCAGGCUCAAGGAUAAUGACACUCCGCCUGUGGAGAAAACGCGUGAAGCAAUUGGUGGAAAAUAUGAGCCAUAACAAACAUCAAUAAAAGAUACACAAUGUUUGCGACACGAGAGCACUAAUUGGAACACUGGUACCCGGGAGGAAGUGACACAAUGCUAUCGCAUGAAAAGAACAAGUCGUCCUGCUGCUCCUGUAACAUCGGUGUGAGGUGAAAAACGAGAAAACAGGCUAGUGAUCCGCACCCAUCGGAACACGCAAUUCGUAGCUGGAAAUACAAUCCCACCUACUACUGGAUGCUACUACUAUUACUUCUGCUACUGUCGUCGUCGCCAUCGUCAGUGAGAUGUGCCUCGUGACCCCUUUUCCGGCAAAUGGUUGUGCGAAAGUGUGCGCUAGAAUUGAAUUAAAAUUCAAUCCGAAAGGAUUUGCUUCGGGGGCAGGAACCAGAACCGGAUAAAAAAGGAGUUUCCCUAACGACGCUGUGUUUGAGCCCUACGGGGCUACGGAGAAUCUGGGAAUGCCAAUAAGCCGUGCUGCAUCCUUCGUGAGCGCCCAAGGCAAAUAGUGUCGGAUGUCGUUAGUUUAGAAGCAAACAAAAAAGAAAAGAAAGUUACUCAAAAGAAAAUAGAGAAAAACACUCCAGCUCCAGAGUUGCUCCACCGGAAGAGCUCUGAUCGUGUGCCCUUCGGGUGGAGGCGCCCAGAAGUUCGUUCAGGAGCAAAACUACGAGCCGUCGCACACACGCGUACGUACCCUCGUCGGCCAGGCGUCAACAACCUCCGUUCGCGUCGGGAUGGCUGAGAAAACAAGCUUUGCACACCGCUACCGAUCAGCCCACAGCGUGCAUCACUACAAACCCCUCCUGCCCACCGAUCGCAGGAUGGGCCCGAUACGCAAAAAGAAAACCCGCUUCAAGGUGCUGCUCAUGAUGGGGACCGUUUUCGCCUGUCUGCUGUACGCGAUCGAGCGCCCCUUCUGGUGGGACUACGACGCACUGGAGGCUCCGCUCUGGAACGAAGCGCUCGAAACGCGUGACGACGAGCAGCACUUCAACUACAACAGCUCGUACUUUGUCAACACGGUCGGCUGCAAGAUGCCAAGCUUUCCGGUAACGAACGCGCAGAUACAGAAGUUUGUCGAGCGGCCGGAACCGAUCGAGUGUGUGCCGGCCCUGCUGGAGGCGGACGAACGGUGGAUCUGGUUUCAGCUGUCGAUGGAGGACAUUGAGCGCCAUUACAACGUGACGAAUGCGAGCAUGAUACAGUGUUGUGUGCGGUCGUUCGAACGCUUGACCGACCAGGAGGAGCAUCAGGUGGGCAACGAGAGUUGCUUCGACUAUCCGGAGCGGUACGAUGCACGGGAGCAAGAGUUCGCGAUGGUGAAUUGUCAUCACGUGGAGCUGAAGGACCCGUUCUACUGGGACUACUUUGCGUUUGUGCCGCCGGGGAAGAGGGCGGUUGAGGAGCGAUUGAAAACGGCCAGAAGGGAAGGGUUGGCUGAAGGUGAACAGCGGCUGAAUGUGAUGAUACUGGGGAUUGAUGCGGUUUCGCGACUGAAUCUACACCGCCAGAUGAAUCAAACGACCGACUAUCUACUAAACACCUUAAAUGGCAUUGAGAUGUUCGGUUACAACAAAGUGGGUGACAAUACAUUUCCCAACAUGGUGCCGGCCCUAACCGGGCUGGACAUCGAGGAGCUCGGUGCAGCAUGUCUUCCAAAUGCCAGCAGUACCUUUGACCUGUGUCAGUUCGUGUGGAACAAGUUCGGCGAGGCCGGCUACCGGACGGUCUACGCCGAGGACAGCUCGGCGAUGGGCACGUUCAACUACGGCAAGAAGGGCUUUCGCCGCCAGCCGACCGACUACUAUCUGCGCAACUUUUUCCGCCAGAUGGAAUCGAGCGUCGGCUACAACAAGAAGCUGAACGCGAAACUGUGCUUGGGCGGGCGGAAUCCGACCCGCGUGCUGCUGGACUAUGCGCGAAAGAUCGUCAAAACGUUCGGUGCGUCGGAACCGGUGUUUUCGUUGCUGUGGGGCGUCGGCAUGACGCACGAUUUCUUCAACAAUCCAGCCCUGAUCGACGAUGACUAUCGGCAGGUGCUGGAGUUUAUGCAGGAAGAGCAUCGGCACUAUCUGAACCGCUCGGUGCUAAUUCUAAUGAGCGAUCACGGCAUACGCUGGGGCUCGUUCCGCAACACCUACCAGGGCAUGAUGGAGGAACGGCAACCGUUUCUGAUCUUCGUACUGCCGGCGUGGUUUCGUCGCGAGUAUCCCGCCGCUUAUCACAACCUGCGAAGGAACCGAUUGCGGCUCACGACACACUUUGAUCUGUAUGAAACGUUGAAAGAGUUUCUCGAUAUGUCCGGAUUGCGGACUGGGUCGAUUCGUGAGCGAACGGAAGAGCUGCUGGAAGCGAAACCUAUCCCACGGGGGAUUAGUUUGUUUCUGCCUGUUCCUACCACGCGGACCUGUGAGGAUGCGGGUAUUGCUCCGCACUGGUGUACCUGUCACGAUCAUAAACCGCUGCCGAAGAACGAUCAUCAGGUGAUACAGGCGGCACGGUUCGCCGUCGAGCGGGUGAAUCAUCUGCUGCUGGAGUAUCCGCAGUGCAGCGUGCUGCAUCUGAACUCGAUCGACGAUGCGAGCGUGGGCAUGUCGCCGGAGAACAUCACGGCCAAGCACAAGUUUAGCGACAUCAGCGUGCGGUUCGUGACGAAACCGGGGGACGGUGAGUUCGAGGCGACGGUACGGAUCGAUUCGAACAACGAUAGCUUCCUGACGGGGACGGUCAGCCGUACGAAUCUGUACGGCAAGCAGAGCUUCUGUGUCGAUGACUAUCGGUUAAAGCUGUACUGCUUCUGUGGAAUUUAGAGGGUGAAUAGGGUGCAGAAGUAUUCCAGUUAUAGAUAGACCUAGUUCCGUUGGGGAUAGGUUGAAAAGAGCUAGCUUUAGAAUAGGCGUUAAACGAUCAUGCAAAAUCAAACCAAGAAAUGGGAGGAAGGGGCUCCACUGGGAAAUACAAGUGAUAGUGUAGAGAUACGAGAUUUCCACUUACCAUUUUUAAGCCUCACCCUUUUUCUUACUACGAAGGUAGGGUGGGUGAGCUAGUGAGGACGAUAGAGCGGGCGUAUUACCAAAAAGUGUACAAUGUAUAUUUAUUAUUUGAUUUUCUCCAUUUUUGUAUUGUGCUUCCGUUGUAUAACACGGUAAAUAAAUAAAGAGAAAAGUAUUAUUUUCAAAUGA